UUGGUAUCGCGCCAUCAAAAUAUGAAAAAUGGAAAACUUGUUUUAUUCCCCAUAACAGUCAGAUCUCACAAUGACUCUGGCAGCAGAAGAUUGUAUGUGCCCAAUAUGCAUGUGUAUAUUAGUGGAGCCUGUCACAAUGCCAUGCAAACACACCCUGUGUUACCCGUGCUUCAAGCAGAAUGUUGAGGAAGCUAGUUUAGCAUGUCCUAUGUGUCGCGUUCGAAUCUCCGUGUGGGCAAGAAGGGGGGCUAAGAAUGGCACCCUGGUGAACAAAAAGCUCUGGAGUCAAAUUCAGCAGUUGUUCCCUGAGAAAGUUGAAAAACGACAAAAAGGGUUGGAUGACAGCAUUGAUGAGCCUGUGUUCCAGCCUCUGAUAAAUAUUGCUGAGCCAGGGGAAAUACGUAAAGAGUAUGAAGAACAGAUGAAAAGGCUUGAGGCACAGAGAGAAGAAGAGAGGAAAAAAGAACAAGAGGCAAGUGAGGCCCUGAUCAGGCAGCUAGAGGAGGAAGAAGCAAGGAGAAAGGAACUAGAAAAUCGGGACAGGGAACUAGCUAAGGAGAUUAGUCAGGAGGUCAACCAGAGUAUUAAUGGUGAUGAUUCUGUUGCCUUUGUUGGAGACGAUGCAGCACAGCGCCAAACUCGCAGCACAUCCAGUACCUCCUCCUGUAGCGCUUCUAGUAGCAGACCUCCAUCGACCAUUGAUUCACUGCUCCGAAAAAUGAGAGAAGCAGAAAAAUUAAAAGCAGCAGAUGUAGCCAGCAGAAAGGCAUCUUCACCAUAUCCUUACAAAUGCUACAGUCCAACAGAGAAGGCAUCUAAGCAGAAGAAAGGGAAGGAAAAUGGUGGUGCCUCCCCAUUUCUUUAUAAACGUAAUGAUUCUGCAGAAAAGUUGACCCAGGGGAGAGACAUAGUUUCUAGGAACUUGUCGUCUGCUGGACUUUCCUCCAGAAGCUGCACCAGUGUGAGUGAAAUGGGAAAUGCUGAAGAUGAUGAUGAUGACGAUGAGGAUCUUCCAUCAAAAUAUGUCUCUCUUGGUCUUCCAUCACUGGAGACUGCCAUAGGAAAUAUAAGUGACCGUUCUGAUGGUGAAAUAUUUGACAAAGACUCUGUUGAGGUGAUAGAGAGAUGUCGGAGUUCUGAGAGUAUGGACAGCAUUAGUCAGGAGAUCAGUCACUUUCGACCAAUCAGAGUCUGUCCUCUCACUCCACCACGUAAACUUCCCAGCGGUAAGGUUGUUGAGGCGCCACUAAUCCGUACCACACCAAGAAACUUGAGUAAAACGGAAUUUGGAUCUCCAGUUCGGACUCUCUCUGAUCUGGAUGCUUCCAGUCCAAUCAUGCAGAGAAGGUUAUCUGAGUUGGAGGAGGAGAGAAAGACAAAUGUGAAUAAGUUAUCGAAGUCUACAAGUACAGAGACUAAAAAAGACACCAAAAAAUCCAAGGUGGUGACUUUGACUCGUGAUCAUGAUUACAGUGGGACUAAUAAAGGUAACAGUGAUCAUGAUUACUCAGCCGUGGUGAUUGACCUUGAGGCAGACAAUCAUGAGGACUCGUCUCUUAAUGAAAGCAAGGAAGAUUCUGGAAAUCCGGAAGAGAAAUCCGAUACAAACAAAUACAAACUGAAAAAGCUUGUCAUUCCAUUGGAACCUACAUUUAAUGAUAAUGACUUUGACAUUCCACCCAUGAAGGAAAACAAUCCGCAGAGAAUAAAUAGUGACACAAUCACAGUUGUGGGAAAACAAUCACCGAUUCUAACAAAGAGUAAAAGUGAGCAGGAUACUAGUGUACGGAAAAAAGUGCAGAAGUUAUCUGGGAAAGCAAAACUGGCAUUAAGUAGCCCGCAGCGGACAAUUACAGACUGGAUUAAACAGUCAGCAGAGUGUAGUGGACAGAACAAUUUUCAUCUGGAGCCGAGUGGUAGGGAUGAUGUGGAUGGGGAACCAGUCCGUAAAGUUAAGAAAGGACAAUUGGUCAGUGUGACCCCAUUAGGUGACUGCCCACGAAGAAAGGAGAAACGACACAAAAAGGUUAAGUCAUAUCCGAAACGUGAAAGAAAACCGUACAACCCAGACCCCAUGUGGACGUUUGUGAGUGCAGUGCACAAGAGCCAACAUGUGGACAUGGAUGAAAGUUCAAAGGACAGCAGUGUUUUUAAUGGUGUGUUGGAUGAACAGAAUGUUGAGCGAAAAGAAGUCUCUAAUCUGCACUCAAAAAAAAGGACAGCUACAUCUAUGAAUGAUGAAAAACCCAAGAAAAGAAGGAAGGUCACAGAAAAGGCAACAGUCAGAUCCAAACUAAAACAGACGUCAUCCAAAGCUAAACUCAAGUCAGUCCAACAUUCGCAGGCAAAAAAUCCUAUCCUUAACUUCUGCUCACAGUCAAAUUUAAAACGGGUAAAGGAUGCUAUUAAAAAUAACCAGUUAGUAGAUGAAGAAGCCGAUUUUAGAGUAAGUGAUGGGGACAGAUUGGACAAAGAAACACAGGAAAUGAUGGACAGAAAAUUAGCAGAAGAACUUGCUAAGCAGUAUGAAAUGGAGGUGAAAAGUGGUUUUCGAUUUUUCAAGCUGAAGGGAACUUCAGAAGAAUACAAUUUCAGGCGGAAACCAAAGCUCUCUACCUGAUUAUUUCCCCUUGAAUCUUUAGAUGAACUGUGCAAUCACACGGUGUCAUUUUAUUCUAGUAUGUUGGACAUGAUGGCCUUAUCAGGUUAAAGAAAGUGGCAUUUUUUGUUUUUCAUUUGUUUUUUUCGAGGCAAACAAUUGGUCUAAAUGUUACAUGUUAAACACUAUGAAUUAAUUUUCCAUUCAUUUAAUGUUUAGUUUUACUGCAAAUUUUGAAUAGCUCAUGCUGAAAUGUACACGUUUGGGAACAUAAAAAAUACAAGUAAAUCACUGUUUUUUCUAUCGGUUUAAAUUAAUCAUUGAUUAAUAACCAGUGAUUAGUGGGGGUGUUUUAUCUUUGUUUAGUCUUUAUAGUUUUCUUCCCCUCUUUGCCUCUAUGCUUUUUGUCCCUAUUGACAGUAAAACACACCUUGUAUCACAAAAAGGCAGUCAAAUUUGCUUAUUCUACAUUAUUUGAUUUUUUUCUCUCCCAUGGAAGAACAUAAACUGAAAGUAAAUCUGUAAAUAGUACACAUCUAAAUUGAAAGUAAAUCUGUUACACAUCUAAACUGAAAGUAAAUUGUAGAUCUAGUACACAUUUACAUUGUAAACACAUUUGUGACAAGUUUCUGGAAUUCGUUAUCAGGAAUGCUUCUUGGGUUAUCAAUUUGAUAAUCAAAACCAAGUAAUUUCUAACUCUUUACUUUUCCAAUAAAUAAGAUGCCAAGUGCAAAAUUGGUUUAAGAAAAAUGAAGGCAUUAAGCCAGAGAAACUGGUAAUAAGUGUAUGAUUAGAUAAUGUGUACAUGUAAAAGCUAAGGUGUAUGCUUAACAUGGUUAAGGAAAAUCUCCUUAAAUCAUGUUCAUGUCUAUAUGAUGCUUCAAAUAUUUUAUGCAAUAUAACUAGUAAUAUAUUUCUUACUUUUUGUAAAUAUGUGAUGCUUUAAUUAAAAUAUGAAAUAUAAUACAGAAAAAAAUUACAUGUAUGUAUGUGAUCCUGUAUAGCAGGUAGCAGAAUCUGUGUACUUGACAAUUAGUAAAUUCAUGUAGAACAAGUAUUUUUAUUGAAUGAUUUAAAUUAUUUUGACAAAAUAUUAGCAUUUAGAUUUUUGAAGUCCAUAUUCAAUCAAAAUAAUUUCCUGUUUUACAAAAGAACUUAUGACCAAGACCAAAAACUUAAAAAUUAGUUGAUUGUUAAAUC